UGUCCCGUGUUGAACUUAAAGUUUUCUCUAUCCCAGAAACAUGGCAUUCCACUAGAUUCAGGUUAUUCAGUUGCCCCUCAUCACUCUGGUGUUUAUCCUGUCCAUGAACCUUUGUAUGAAGCUUGGAAGAGAGUUUGGAAUGUACGAGUAACCAGCACUGAAGAGUAUCCUCAUUUAAGACCAGCUAGGUUGAGAAGAGGUUUCAUUCAUAGAAAUAUAAUGGUUCUACCCAGACAAACAUGUGGCCUCUAUACUCAUACUAUAUUUUUAGACAAGUACCCUGGUGGACCAGAAAAAUUGGAACUCAGUAUUAAAGGAGGAGAACUCUUUCACACAUUUGUAUAUAAUCCGAUCAAUGUAUUCAUGACUCAUUUGUCUAAUUAUGGCAAUGAUCGCUUAGCAUUAUAUACUUUUGAAUCAGUUAUAAAGUUUGUUCAAUGCUGGACUAACCUACAGUUAGUGACUUUACCUCCACUACAAUUAGCUGAUAAAUAUUUCCAAACUUAUCCAGAGGAAUCAGAUCCUUUAUGGAUGAAUCCUUGCAACGAUAAGCGGCACAGAGCAAUAUGGUCUGCAGCAAAAUCAUGUGAGCAACUGCCAAAAUUUCUUGUUAUUGGUCCUCAGAAAACAGGUACAACUGCAUUAUAUACCUUUCUGUCGAUGCAUCCUGCCAUUGUAAGUAAUUAUCCUAGCCCUGAGACAUUUGAAGAAGUGCAAUUUUUUAAUGGAAGAAAUUAUUACAAAGGUUUAGACUGGUAUAUGAAUUUUUUCCCCGUACCAAAGAAUUCCACAGAUAAAUACCUAUUUGAAAAAAGUGCUACAUACUUUGAUGGUGAUUUGGUCCCAAUGAGAGCACAUGCUCUGCUUCCAACAGCUAAACUUAUUACCAUAUUGAUUAGCCCUAUUAAGCGAGCAUAUUCUUGGUAUCAGCAUAUGCGAGCUCAUAAAGACCCAGCAGCUUUGAAUUACAGUUUUCAAGAACUUGUUACCACUGGUGACAGGGGACAUCGAAGUUUAAGAGAACUUAGAAAUCGCUGUCUCUUGCCUGGAAUGUAUGCUCAACACUUAGAUAGGUGGUUGUCAUUCUAUUCUCCCCAACAGCUACUUAUUAUUGAUGGAGAAGAGUUAAAAUCAGAUCCGGUAGCUGUUAUGAGCAGAGUGCAGCAGUUCCUGAAAAUCAAACCUUUCUUGAAUUACAAAGAUCAUUUAAGGUAUGAUCCCAAGAAAGGUUUUUUCUGCCAAGUUAGCCAGGAACAUAACAAUACCAAGUGCCUAGGAAGGAGUAAAGGACGACAAUAUCCACCAAUGGAUUUUCAAACUGAGAAGUUCCUGAAAGCUUUCUAUCUUCCCCACAAUAUUGCUCUUUCAAAACUGCUCACCAAACUUAGACAACCCAUACCUCUAUGGCUAGAAAAAGAUUUGUCCCAUGGAUCGUAACUUCUAAGCUUUGGGUGUUUCUAAAAGAGUGAUAUAUAGUGUGCAUUAAUGCAUGUUUAUAAGUGGGAGAGAAUGACUGACGUGUAUUGUGUACUUUUCUCCUUUUGUUCAUUGGUUAUAUGAUGUGUUCUAUUGAAAAAAAGGCUAAAGAUUAUUAAUCGAAUGGUAUUCUUUGGAGAUAGAAGGAAUUUGUUCAUACAUUAGAAAUCGUAACAUGGACAAUCUUAUCGUUCAUGAAUCAUGGUUUUUACAAAUUCAAAUCACAUUAUCAUAAAGCUUAAAUCAUAAUGUAAGAUUCAUUAAUUAUAAGAAAAUGACUGUCACAUGUGUUUAUUAUGAAGUUAUAUAUAUUUUUAAAUAGUGAAUGUUCAUUAUCUUUAAAAUCUUCUGUGCAAAACAUUGAAAUGCAUUGAUAAUCAAAAAGGUCCAAAAUGCAGUAAAAAAGUUAAAGCUUUAAUAAAAUGUAGUAUUCUUUUACUUUUAACAUUGCUCAGUGUGCCAUUGA